AUGGCAGCUGUGAUGGACAUUGAGAACAGUGUCAAGGUCAAACACAGCUUGGAGCUGCUACAUCGCAUCAACAGAAUGAAGGACGCCGAUGAGUUGACCGACGUGGUACUUGUGACGCAAGGGUCCAGGUUCCCAUGCCAUCGGCUCCUGCUGGCCACGUUCAGCCCCUACUUCAAGGCGAUGUUCACCUGCGGCCUGGCAGAGUGCGGUCAGAGGGAAGUCACACUGCAUGACGUACAGCCAGAGAGUGUGGCCACCAUCCUAAACUACAUGUACAGUUCCGAUCUGUGCCUUACCAACUCCAACGUCCAAGGAGUGGCCACUAUGGCGUACUUCCUCCAAAUGGAAGCCAUUUUCCUGGCCUGCCAGAAGUACAUGUUGGAUCACAUGGAUGCCUCAAACUGCCUCGGGGUUUAUUACUUUGCAAAGCAACUGGGAGCAGAAGAACUGUCUGAGCAGGCAAGUAAGUACCUUCAUCGGCACUUUGCAGAGGUGUGUCUGCAGGAGGAAGUUCUAGAUAUAGACAAGCAUCAGCUGCUGCCCUUUAUCUGCUCUGAUGAUCUCAACAUUUCUCGUGAGGAGACCAUCUUGGAUUUGGUUCUUCGAUGGGUUAAUCAUGACCGGAGGUCACGGGUGGGACACCUGGUGGAACUCCUGAAGCACGUAAGGUUGGUGCUCGUAAGUCCGACCUUCUUGAGGGAGACCCUUAAAAGGAACACAGUCCUUCUCAGCAACGUGGAAUGCUAUAACAUGAUUCAGGUUGCUAUAGAAACCAUUCACAAGGCAGAGCAGCAGCCACCCCUCAGCCUUCGCUAUGGGAUGGAGAACACUGAUUGCCUCCUCUGCAUUGGUGUCAAUGGCCAAGGGAUAAAAUCCAGACAUCGCAGUUACACCGAAGCCAACUACUGCUACGCUCCUAAAACAAAGAAGUCUUACUACAUUGUGUCGCCGAGAUACGGUGAAACUUUGGGAUAUGUUUCCAGUGGAGUUGUGACAGAGAGUAAUGACAUUAUCUUGACUGGUGAAGCUGGAGUGGCGAAACUAUCAAGGCAAAAGACGAAGGACGUGGAGAUAGUGAGGUACCACGUUCGUGGAAGCCAGUACUGGGAGAAGCUUUGCACUGCACCCUUCCGAGAGCUCUAUAGUGUGGGCACGAUCCAGGGGAAUCUGUACCUCAUCGGGGGCCAGAUGAAGUUGAAGAAUAGGUACAUGAUCACAAACUGUGUGGACAAGUACGUCCUGGAGACAGACCAGUGGAGGAGUGUUGCGCCGUUACCCUUGCCUUUGGCGUGUCACGGAACGGUCACCAUGGGCAACCAUAUCUAUGUGAUGGGCGGAUGGACACCUCAGAUGGACCUCCCUGACGAUGAACCCGACUGGCUCAGCAACAGAAUGUUCCGCUAUGACCCAAGGAGGGACAAGUGGACAGAAUGUGGACCCAUGCGGUUCUCCAAAUAUCGCUUCAGUACCGCUGUCCUCAAUCGGGAGAUUUAUGUCCUGGGUGGUAUAGGCUGCCAGAGAGUGGACCAUGGACAGGCUAGGAGAUGUUUGGAUGCAGUGGAAAUAUACAACCCUGACGGGGAUUUCUGGAGGGAGGGACCUCCACUACCAUCACCAAUUCUCUCACUCAGAACCAACUCUACAAACGCUGGGGUGGUGGACGAGAAACUGUACGUCUGUGGGGCAUUUCAUAGCGCAGAUCGACAUGAAGUCAUCAUCAAAGAUAUUUUGGAAUUAGAUCCUUGGGAAAAUCAGUGGAAUGUGGUGGCCCACAAUGUUCUCAUGCAUGACAGCUACGAUGUCUGCCUGGUUGCCAGGCUUAACCCCAGGGAUCUUAUUCCACCACCUCCUGAUGUGGUCGACCAGUGAGAGAUGGACUUCACACCACUUGGCCUUUCUCUAAGCUUGUCCAGGGCUUGGCUGGAUAGUACUUUAGCCUCAGGAGGUGCUAAAUUAGCUCAAAUCUUUCUCCAGAUAACU